AUGGGCGUCAGUUACUACUACCCCCAAGAGGCGUACCAGAAGUACACGGGCAUGGGGGUGUCGGAGGCCAAGGACGACUCGCCCCGGACCACCCCGGAGCUGUCCCGGGCGGAUAGGUCCCCUGCCUCGGAGCGCCCACUCCCGGGAUCUGCGGACAGCGACGACGCCGACGAGUUCACCCCGAAGAGGAAGCAGCGCCGGUACAGGACCACCUUCACCAGCUUCCAGCUCGAGGAGCUGGAGAAGGCGUUCUCCAGGACCCAUUACCCCGACGUGUUCACGAGAGAGGAGCUCGCAAUGAAGAUUGGCUUGACAGAAGCAAGAAUACAGGUGUGGUUUCAAAACCGUCGCGCGAAGUGGCGUAAGCAGGAGAAAGUGGGUCCCCAAGCGCAUCCCUACAACCCCUACUUGGGGGCGGCGGGGGCGCCCCCACCAUCAGUGGUUGCUUCCAUGCCGAACCCUUUCUCGCAGCUGGGUUUUGGCUUCAGGAAGCCCUUUGAUACAAACGCCCUGGCCUCUUUUAGGUACGGAGGCGCACCGGUAUUGAGCACGCAGUAUUUAGGUGCACCUUUACCGAGACCGCCUUUAUUUAGUGCACCUAUGUACACCAGCAGUCCCCCGUUCCAUUCCCUUCUGGCUGGCCUAGCUGCUCCCCCCCGGCAGUCCCCUGACCCUCCCCCUGUGUCGCCCCCUAUCUCGCCCGGAAGUGAGUCGCCCCCUGCUCAAACGGGGCCGGAAGUCGAAAGGAGGAGUUCCAGCAUCGCCGCAUUAAGAAUGGCCGCGAGGGAACACGAGCUACGAUUAGAAAUGCUUAGACAAAGACACCACUCAGACCUGAUUAGU